UGUUACGGGAUUCACGCGAAGGCAGCAUUAGGGCUUUGAUUGAAGCCGUGUGUCCCGGAGUAAACGUCUUCCAUGGGGCUAGAAGACCGGCUGAUUGACGAGCCCUCUUGGAGACGCUGGGUGGGUUGAAUCUGGGCGUUAUGUUUGGAUUUUGUUAUCGGAGCUACCGGCUAGUUGGUUGCACUACGAGGAACCGGCAGCAGGUGCAUGUGGAUGGCGAUAAAACUCCAGGCAAACUCCGCUCUCUCCACACGGUUUGACCGUCGGUGCACCCACGAAAUACUAAAAUAAUCGAACCAAAACCAAAUUUUGGUUUGGGAAAGAGAGUAAGGAUGCUUUUUACGGCUUUUCGUUUUCGAGAAUAGCGCGUUAAUCCAAGGAAAGAGCAACGUCCCGUCCCCGUUCCUCCGCACGCAAACAUGGAGAAGAAAGUGAGCGUUACACUUAACUUACUUCAACUUUAGUUGUCGUAUCUGUUGUAAACUUUUCCUCUCUGGAUACAUGGUGGGACUCUAGCAGAGAUUGUUUUCAGGAUAUCACUGAGCAGAAGAGGCCAUGGAGAAGAAGAACAAGGCGACCAACCGGACCCGCUCCGCCGACGGCAGAGCUAAAGACAGAGUGGACAGCGUGGAUCCGUAUGGCUUUGAGCGCUCUGAGGACUUUGAUUAUGAGUCGUAUGAAGAGCUCAUGUCUGAGUAUCUAGUUGUGCUCACCCGACGAUCCAUCAAGUGGUCCAAACUACUGAAAGGCAAAAGCAAGGUGCAAAAGAAUGUGAAAUUGAAGCGUUACGUACGCAAAGGGAUUCCCAACGAGCACCGGGCUCUGAUUUGGAUGUCAGCCAGCGGGGCUCAAGACCAGCUAGAGAAGAACCCAGGUCACUACCAGUCCCUACUGGGAGCCCGGCACGACCUCAAACUCAUGGAGACUAUCAACACAGACUUGCACAGAACAUUUCCAGACAAUGUUCUGUUCCGUAAGACAUCCAUCCCAUGUCUGCAGAAAGCGCUGUACAAUGUGCUGCUGGCCUAUGGUCACCACAAUCCAGCUGUGGGCUACUGUCAGGGGAUGAACUUCAUAGCUGGGUAUCUACUCAUCAUCACAAAAGAUGAAGAGAAAUCCUUCUGGCUGAUGGACGCGCUACUUGGUAGAAUUUUACCAGACUACUACAGUCCAGCCAUGCUCGGGUUGAAGACGGACCAGGAGGUGUUAGGGGAGCUGGUGAAACUUAAAAUCCCCCAAGUCUGGCAGAUCAUGGUGGAUCAUAACGUCAUGUGGACACUAGUGGCCUCCCGAUGGUUCAUCUGUCUCUACAUAGACGUUCUUCCAGUAGAGACAGUUCUACGAAUUUGGGAUUGCCUGUUCUACGAGGGCUCGAAAAUCCUGUUUCGCGUCGCUCUGACACUGAUCCAUCACAAUGAGGCUUUGAUUCAACAGGCCCAGUCCCUGCCAGACGUCUGCCAAUCCUUCAAGCAGAUCACUCAUGGACCAUUUGUUGAUGAGUGCCACACUUUUAUGCAGAAAAUCUUCACUGAACCAGGAAGCCUCUCCAUGGCAACCUUGACUAAGCUGCGGGCAACAUGUCAAGCUCGAAUCAUUGCAGAAGAAUCCUGACCUUCAGUCGGCUACCUGUUGCUCAAACUAAAUUCACAUUCCAGUGGGAUGAGCACCCAGCACCUUUAUAGUCUGAGUCACAGUGACUGCUGCGUACUCUGUACUUUAUGUCUUGCAUAUUCCAAGACAAUCAUUCAUCCCAGGUGUAGGUAUAUGAUCAUGAGAGUAUUCUUAGCAAUUUGCUGUAUGAACUGAUGAUUCCAUAUGAAGUUAACAUGUAGACGUCUUAAGUGAAUAUUUUCUUAUGUUAAAAUGUGGAACUAUGCACUUUAGUCCAGAAAGUCAGAGACACUAAGGAGAAAUGGCCCAACAGGUCAGAUAAAUUCUGUGUUGCAUACUGUAAGCACAGCUGGUCUGCUGCAUUUCAUAUUGUAGUCUCAGUCUUGAACAUUAUAAAGGUUUAAGUUCCUCUGGGUAAACGGUUAGUUGACCGACAAUAUUUAAUGCUGGCACAACAUGCUGUGGUAAUUCACUGUGAAAUAUGCUAAUUUUAUGACAGAUGCUUUAAUUUUCAAGGUAAUUCAGUUUCUGAUGUAGUUAUUAGUGUUGAUGUUAUUGCACCUGUUUGCAAAUGAUUCAAGUGCACUAUG